CGUAAUUUUAAUCGAUCCGUAUUAGGUGAAAGAUCGUCUCGUAUAAUAAAUAAGUUGCAACAAACAAAAAGGCGGAAUAAUCGAUCAAGAAAGUUUCCCUUCUCCCUCUUUUUCUCUUUCCUCCUCUUACAUUUUUUGCCCUCUCUAUUUGCGCGGUUUCAAAGAAAUAGGAUAUAUGUAUGUAUACAUUGGAACGAGGAACGGAGAAUACGGAGAGCGCGGAGAGAAAGGCAAGAGGGUUGCCAGCGGAAAAGAUCGGUUCCGAUGAGUAGGGUAAGAGGGGACGAAGGUGAAGGAGGAGACAGCGACGACGUCGACGAUGGUAACGGUGGCGAUGGCGGUAGCGGUAGAGGUGGCGGUGGCGGUGGCGGCGGUGGCGACGACGACGACGACGACGAACGAGCAAGCGGAGGAGAUUGUAGAGGAGAAGGAAAAAGAGAAGGAGAAGGAGGAGGAGGAGGAGGAGGUGGUGGUAGAGGUGGAAGUGGAGGUAGAGCUGGAGGUGGUGGCGGUGACGAAGAAGGUUAUCGAGGAAGGGGAGCACGGGAAGGAGGCGGUGAGGAAAAGGAAAAGUCGCAGUCGCCCUCCGGAACUCGAGCCUUGGAUCGUUCUAAGAAAAAAAUGGAAAGAAAGAGAAAGAGAAAAGAAGAGGAAAAGAGAACCUGACAGCAGAAUGGAAGGGAUUGAGAAACGACAAAGAGAGGAAGAAAUAGACGAGAAGAAGAGAGAGCGGAGAAAAGAAAAUAUACGUGGUUCUCCCGGCGGAUACGAACGCGGCAAGGCCGAGAGAAGGAACAGUAAAAUUGUAGAGAAUGUGUACGCGCCAUCAGGGUGGCCUAGAUUCAGUCAAGACCUGCUUUCUAGGCAGCAUUUCUCUUUAUCAUCGGCACCGCUGGUACAAUGUAUGGGUAAACCGUUGGUUGCCGCACGAUCGUGGAGAAAAUCUCAGGUGUACAUAGUGCGUACUUAUUAAUGAUUCUUCCAAUUCUAUCAAUGAUUUAAUAAAUAAUUUCUAUGCAUAAUUAUAGAUUUCAAAUAUGAUAGAUGCAUCCUAAACUCCUAGAUGUAUUCUAUUCUCCGAGACGUUAUUUUUUUUUUUCUUUAGAUCCUGUGUCUUUAUCGUAAUCUUUAUUUUCAAUACCUUACUUUUAAUAUUUUAAUGAA